AAGCCAAACCAAAAUAUGGCUUUUGGGUGGGAACACAAGUGUAGUAGUUAAAGAGGUUUUUGUACGUUUUCUCUUCAGAUUUUGCAAAUUUCAAUUCUCCACCAAACUACCGACCUCACAGUCUUUCCACAAAUCAAGAACAACAAGAAGAAUCGAGCCUAUUCAUUCACAACUCACAGAGAGAGAGAGAGAGAGAGAGAGAGAGAGAGAAUGAAGUUCUAGGUAAGCAAAUCGGGCUGCCUCUUUUGGAUCAGCACCUCUUCCUCAAAAUUGGGUUAUCUUGUUUGCCCUCAGCUUUUCUUUUCUUGAGCUUCUUGAAAAUUAGAUGUGUCUUUGAUCCUCCUUUCUAAAUGGAUCAAAUGUUCAACCAAAAAGCAAAAACGUACUAAAGUAGUAAUUGUCUUCUCCUCAAAUUCUAAAUUCUCCGGCCCAAUCUACCUCAGACCAAUUUUUAAUUCUACCUAGCUACCUCAUAGCCUUCCACAAAUUCCAAAGAGGAAGAAGAACGAGCCUCUUCAUUCACAAAUCACCACCAACAUUCAAAUCACAGAGAUAUAUAUAUAUAUAUAUAUAUAGAAAGAGAGAGAGAGAGAGAGAGAGAGAGAGAGGGAAAUAAACAAUGAAGAAGUUGUAGCAGUAGAUGACAGAAAAAAGGAAAAUCAAAAAUGGCUUUUGGGUGUGAACACAAAAAAGGUGGAGAACUAGAGUAGUCAAGUUCUUCUUUGUUUUCUCUUCAAAUUCGUAUUCUCCACCCCAAUCUACCCACCUCAUAGUCUUCCACAAAUCCAGCAGCAGCAGAAGAAGAAGAGCCUAUUCAUUCACCGAAACGGGGUCCUGUCGUGCAGACUCUGCAGUGCAUCAUCCGAAUCGUUCAUCUUUUAUUCACAAUUCACCUUCUACAUUCAAAUUUCAGCCACAGAGAGAGAGGAAUUAAAAUGACAUUGACACCCAAUUGGAAACUCAAGAAACCUCCGCAUCUAAACUGGGUAUUACUUCCCUUCCUCAGUCUCCUCACACUCUCACUCUCCGACCCACGAAUCUACGAGGCCGCACUCCUCUGCGGCCCCACCGCCACCGCCGCCGCCGCCGCACCGCCGCCGCAGAAAAACUUCAGCUACAUCCCAGCCUUCGUCAAAGAAAUGGAACUCCUCUCCCAACAAGUCUACACCAACAACUGGGGCCACACCGCCGUCAACUCCACCGGUGUAAUACCCAUCUACGCCCUCGCCCACUGCCAUGACGACCUCCCGCACACCGACUGCCUCCUCUGCUACGCCGUCGCCCGGACCCGGCUCCCGCACUGCCUCCCCGCCCUCUCCGGCCGCGUUUACCUCGACGGGUGCUUUCUGAGAUAUGAUAGAUAUGAUUUCUUUGGAGAGAGCGUGGACCCGGUUCGGGAUUCGGUGAAUUGUACUGAUUCUGGCCGUCGUGGUGGUGGGGUGGCGAGGGGGGCGGAGUUUAACAGCAGUGUCGGUGACUUGAUUGAUAAUGUGACACAAACCGCGGUGGCGAACGGUGGAUUCGCGGCGGGGGAAGUGAAGGGAGUGUUUGGCUUGGCUGUUUGUUGGAAGACUGUGAGUAGUGCUGGGUGUAGGGAUUGUUUGGAGAAGGCUGCUAAUGAUGUGAGAGAUUGUUUGCCCGGUGGGGAAGGUAGGGGAUUGAAUGCUGGUUGUUACUUAAGGUAUUCCACCCACAAUUUCCUCCAAAAUGAGGCUGGAAAUUUGCACCAGGGGGAAUCUGCAACAGGAUUCAUUGUAGCUAUUGCUUUGGCAGCGACCACCUUCUUCAUGUUCUCACUCUUUGCCAUUUACGCUUGCUAUGUGAGAUUGCCAAGGCUGAAACAAGAACGCAACAAUCUCGGUCAAAUUUCAGCUUCAUUCAACAAAUCCAGCUUGAACUUCAAAUACGAAGCACUCGAGAAGGCAACAGAUUACUUUAAUCCGUCAAGGAAAAUAGGCCAAGGGGGAGCAGGUUCUGUGUUCAAAGGGACACUUCCAAAUAGGGAAACCAUUGCAGUUAAGAGAUUGUUUUACAAUACUAGGCAAUGGGUAGAUGAUUUCUUCAAUGAAGUCAACCUGAUAAGUGGGAUUCAACACAAGAACCUUGUGAAGCUCUUGGGUUGUAGCAUCGAAGGCCCUGAGAGCCUGUUGGUUUACGAGUAUGUCCCGAACAAGAACCUCGAUCAGUUCCUUUUUGAUAAGGAUAAGUCUCAAAAUGUAAACUGGAAGCAGAGGCUUGAUAUAAUAGUAGGAAUUGCUGAGGGGCUUGCAUAUCUUCAUGGUGGCUCAGAAACAAGAAUAAUCCACAGGGACAUCAAGGGCAGCAAUGUUCUCCUUGAUGAGAAUCUUGCUCCAAAGAUUGCAGACUUUGGGCUUGCUAGGUGUUUUGCUGCUGAUAAGUCUCACCUGAGCACUGGAAUUGCCGGGACACUAGGUUAUAUGGCCCCUGAAUAUCUUGUUCGAGGACAGCUUACCGAGAAAGCAGAUGUUUACAGUUAUGGAGUGCUAGUUCUUGAGAUUAUUUGUGGUCGAAAAAGUCACGCCUUCGUGGAAGACUCUUGUUCACUCCUACAAUCGGUUUGGCAACUUUACAAGACAAACAGGUUGCCUGAAUCCAUUGACCCUCGCCUGAACGGUGAUUUUCCAGCAAAAGAAGCAUCACGCGUGCUUCAAAUCGGGCUUUUAUGCACGCAAGCAUCAGUUGCUCUACGCCCAUCGAUGGAGGAAGUAGUUGAUAUGCUAAUUAACAGAGACGAUGAAAUUCCUGUGCCGAAUCAACCUCCUUUUCUUACUGCUAGUGCCCUCAACCCUGCCAGCUCUGAUAGAUCGUGUAGCGUAAACAGUUUAAUUUUGAAUGCAUUGACGAAAAUGGGAGCUUCCGGCACCUCAACUGAGUCCUCAACCAUGCCGAGCUCAGAUGAGCCAUCGAGAAGUGUAUAAUUGGAGCCGAAGUAAGGCAGUGUUUGGUUCACUUGCGUGAAGCUAGAACAGAAUGAACAUUCCAUUGGAAUCCUCAGUACCAUGUUUCGCUAAAUGAAUACCAGCAUUAUGCAUUGUAAACUAAAUCAUAAUACACCCAUACAAACAUUCCCAUUCCUUCCCGAUACCAUUCCAGCAGACCAAACUCUACUGCAUUCAAUGGAACCGAUCUGAGAGCUUUGGGGAGCUUUUAUGUCCGACUGGAGAAACAAAGAGCAUCUUAUUAUCCGACUCAAGAAACAAAGAGCAAAUUCGUAGUCAGUUUCGCUCAACAGCGAAAGGCUUCCUACUUACUACCUCUCGUGGAUGCAGUAAGUGGGAAUUUUGUGCACUCGACCUUUUCAAAGAUUUGAGUACAUGAUUGGAGAACCUUUUUUUUCUUUUGGUUUUGGCUUUGUCAUCUUGACUUUCUGGGCAUGAUGAAGUGUUCCCAUAGCCCUCAAAUGUUAGGUGAUUUGGGCGGUCGACUGGACCCUGCUGAGAUGAUUCAAUUUAUUUGUAUUCUGGCCUAGUACUGAGUAGUUUCAUGUGGUCGCACAUUUGGCCAUUAAUAUUUUCCAACAUCCAACCACCUUGGAUAUGAUGGUUUUCAAUUAGGAAUGUGAUAUUUCUCCAGAAUUCUCAUAGACAAA